AGUCAAAUAGUCAACCGACACAAGGCCACGUGAUAAUCCCGCUGCAAAGGUUUCUUCUUCAUCUUCUCUUUCUCGGAGCUCUGUCAGCUCGAGGGCAGCCAAAAAAAAAGUUUUUUUUUCUUUAUUCAGAGGUUUAAAAAUCGUUCCUUUUUUUCUGGGUAGAGAGAGGGAGAGAGAGAGUGGUGGAUGGAAUUGGUUCCUUACGAUUCGGACGCGAAGUCAUCGAACUCCGCCAAUCUCGCGUGGCAGGACAUGUUCCGCUCCGCUUCAAUGCGUAAGCCGCACGCGCCUCCCCCGGAAAACCCGGCUCCGCCGCGGAAUUCCCACGACACCGGGAAGACCUCGCUCACCGCCGUUGAUCCUCAGGUACGGCUCGCUAUCUACAUAGCCAUGGCUCACGCCGGACUCGCCUUCGCCAUUUUCGUCCUGUAUUUCGUCGGAAAGCUUUUGCAGGAGUAUCUGAGGCCGAUUCAGUGGGCGAUUCUCUGCUCGAUUCCUCUCAGAGGAAUUCAAGAGACCCUUGUCGAUUUCUGGAGCGAGCCCUUGAAAUUGGGUCUCACAGAAACCCUCCUCGCUGUCCCCGUCGCUGUAUUUAAGGUGUUCAUAGGAUCGAUUGUGGAUAUCAAGCAUGUCUGUUCUAGGGUUUUUCUCAGGAAAUCGAAACCCAAGAGAACGAGACAGAACGGAACUGGGUUUUCGAAAUUGGUCAGAUGGCUAGUCUCGUUUGGUGUGUUCGUGAUUGCUUACGAGAGGAUUGGUGGAAUUGGGUCACUCAUGAUUCUCGCAUUAGGGUUUCUGUUUAGUUCUAAGAACGUGGAUUCAACUCUUUCAGCGGUUUCUUCCUUGAGGUGCAACAGCUUCAGGCGUAGCCGCUUCUCUGCAUAUUUCACCAGAGGGAUACUCAAGAGGUUGAACACCAUUGUAGCCAUCGGUUUGAUCGUUAUCAUGAUUGUCGGAUUCUUGACUGGUGUGAUAUUUUUCUCGUACAAGAUCGGAGUUGAGGGGAAAGACGCAAUGUUUUCGCUGAAAUCGCACGUCGAAGAGAGUAAUUACGCAGAGAAGAUCGGUAUCAAGCAGUGGAUGGACGAGAACGAUGUCCCGGGAAUGGUGGAUAGGUACACAACGAAAUUCUACGAAACCGUGUUGGAUCAAGUCGAUAGCUUGGCAAUGCAGUAUAACAUGACGGAGUUAGUCACCGGGAUUAAGCAUUUCGUGAUUUCGCAGCCUACUAACAGUUCAUCCGAACCAUCCACUGCUCUUAUUUCCCCGUCUCCUUACACCGAGAAGCUCAUGAGUUUGAGGACGAUGAUCAAGGAUCAGGAGUGGAGCCAGAUCUAUUCAGAGCUCGAUGCGAUUUUCAGGGAACUGAUAAUAACCCGGGAAGAUCUUGUCGAGAAAGCAAAAGGGUUUGCUGUUAAGGGGAUGGACAUCUCGCAACGGGUAUUUUCCAGCAGCGCCUCAGUAGUGGGAGGCGGUGCCAAAUUCAUGUUCUCGGUCGGUAACUCCAUCAUAUCUGGAGCAGCCGAGUUCAUCAAUUUCGUCUCCCGGCUGAUGGUUUUCAUCUGGGUUCUGUACGUUAUCAUCACUUCAGAAUCUGGAGGUGUGACCGAGCAAGUCAUGAGCAUGCUCCCGAUCUCGCCAACCGCAAGAAUCAGAUAUGUAGAAGUCCUCGACGUAGCCAUCUCGAGCGUUCUUCUCGCCACUGCAGAGAUCGCGUUCUUCCAAGGUUGCCUCACAUGGCUUCUGUUCAGACUGUACAGAAUACACUUCCUGUACAUGUCAACCGUCCUGGCUUUCAUCAGCGCCCUCUUGCCCAUCUUCCCGAACUGGUUCGCGACCGUUCCAGCAGCCGUGCAGCUCGUGCUCGAGGGCAGAUACAUAAUGGCCGUGACCUUAUCGGUCACUCACCUCGUGAUCAUGGACUAUGGAGUUUCCGAGAUUCAGGACGAUAUUCCGGGAUCCAAUGCCUACAUUACCGGACUCAGCAUCAUCGGUGGGAUGACUCUGUUUCCCUCUGCGCUCGAGGGAGCGAUUAUGGGGCCGUUGAUAACGACGGUGGUGAUUGCGUUGAAGGAUCUGUACGCAGAGUUUGUUCUGAACGAUCCGAAGAAGAGUGACGACGACUAGUCGUUCUUUUUUUUGCAGGAGCUUCGAAGCUUCUUCAAUGGCGGGUUGUGGAUUCAGAGAUCCAUGUACAUUAGGGGAGACGAUGAAAAUUUGUGCAUUUUGUUUAUAAUCUUUUUGGUCGAUAUUUCGUUUGUGCAUGUAAUGUUUAUGUAAAGCAUAAGAAUCUCCGUUGUUGUCUCUCUGUUUGUUGUAGGGGGGGAAAACGAAAUGCAGAAAGAAACCUCGUAAGAUGUCUGUAAAUUUUGAAAAUUUUUGUGAAAACAUACGAUUUCCAUUUUGUAAAUCAUACGAUAAGAUAGGCGAUUAUACG